CCAUCCCCACCUCCUCCGCCUCCUCCGCCCCCUCCCCCACCGCCACCUCCACCCCCUCCCCCUCCCCCACCUCCGCCUCCCCCUCCCCCGCCCAUACCAAUUUACGUGCCUUCGACAACUUCAUCUCCACCGAUACAAGUUUCUACACCAGCGCCAACUUAUCUACCACCAUACGAUCAGGAAAUCCAAGUUUCUCAAGCUCCCGCUUCUUACGCAUCAAGCAUGGCAUCGGCGAUAUCGUCCAGCAAUGCGGUGACCAUAGUUGGACCAGAUGGAUAUAAUCCUGUAACAACAACAUCUGCACCAUCUUAUAUGGCAUAUGCAAGUUCAUACGGCUAUUCGACACCAAGCCCUACUGUUGGUUACAGUUAUCCAACCCCUGCACCUGCUCCAGCACCUAGUUAUCCUGCUCCGGCUCCUGCACCUAGUUAUCCUGCCCCGGCUCCUGCACCUAGUUAUCCUGCCCCGGCUCCUGCACCUAGUUAUCCUGCCCCGGCACCUGCACCUAGUUAUCCUGCUCCGGCUCCUGCACCUAGUUAUCCUGCUCCGGCUCCUGCACCUAGUUAUCCUUCACCAACUCCUACACCCACUUAUCCAGCGCCUACGACUCCUGGAUAUGAUUAUUCUCCAAUGGUUAGACCUACUUAUCCUGCUUCGGCUCCUCCACCCAGUUAUCCUAGUUAUCCAGCUCCAGCUCCAGCUCCAGCUCCAGCUCCAGCUCCGAGACCAAUCUAUUCUUCACGGCCUGGACCACGUUAUCUACCUCCAAUUGCUUAGAUAUAAUUAUUUUACACCGGAAAUUAUUUAUCGUUAUCCAGGUGUUCAAUUCAGCUAAUCUGUUUGAACUCUGUAAUCAAGCU